UCAAACGAACUCGCAAAAAAUCCACAGUCCCACGACACCAAUCUGAUCGUCUCGGCAGGGAGAGAUCAACAAUCACCUGGAGGAGCAGAGAAAAUGGCGUCGAGCGGCGAAGAGCAGGCGGCGGCGGUGCGCGUGAUCGGCGGGUGGGCGAGCCACUACGCCAUCCGCGCGUACGUGGCGCUGAGGCUCAAGGGCGUCGAGUACGAGUCCCUGCAGGAGGUGGUCGGCAACAAGAGCGAGCUGCUGCUCAGGUCCAACCCGGUGCACAAGAAGAUCCCCGUGCUCCUCCACCGCGGCAAGCCCGUCGCCGAGUCCAUGAUCAUACUCCAGUACAUCGACGAGGUCUGGGCGUCCGACGGGGCGCCGGCCAUCCUUCCGGCGGAUCCGUACGCCCGUGCUGUCGAGCGGUUUUGGGCACAGUACGUGGAUGAUAAGAUUGCCCCUGCAUCCGUAGUCUUGAGAGGAGUGACCAACGGAGACAAAGACGAAGCUGCAGCGCAGGUGUCUACUGCGCUACAGCAUUUGGAGGCGGCCUUCGGGAAGUGCAGCCAAGGGAGGAGCUACUUUGGCGGCGACGACAUCGGCUUCCUUGACAUCAUUCUCGGAUCAUACUUGGGCUGGCUCAAGGCAGUGGAGAUGAUCGCUGGAGUUAAGAUCCUUGACGGGUCCAAGCUCCCCGAGCUGACAGCAUGGGCGGAGCGAUUCUGUGCUCACCACGCCGUCAGAGACGUCAUGCCUGAAACGGACAGGCUCGUGCAGUUCAACACAUACCUCAUUGGUGUGUUGAAAGCUAAAGCUUCCGGUAACAAUAAGUGAAAGGGUACGCGAAUAGGCAUGGAGUGUGGUGGUGAGGCUAAGGAUGGGGCCAAAAAUAGCGGGGUUCCAUCCUCCGUAGGCCUCUAAUGAGAGUUGGAUUGGAGUCUGUUCUGAUAAAAACAGAUAUAAGAAAUGGGCCUCUACAAAUAUUUCCGGUCUGGCCUCUACAAAUAUUUUUCUGAUGUUUGUAACUUGAAUUUCAGCAUGCUUCAUAAAUGUAUAGC